AUGUGUGUGGCAUCGCGGCCUAGGCCAGCCCCACUGAGAUGCAAUGCGAGGAGUGAAAGUACACUGGCAAACACCACGCGUGGUGGUGACUACUGGCUAAACUUGAGGCUAAAGUUUUAUUUACCUGGUACAACACGCCGGAGGCUUCCGAAGGGAUCAUUUGGCCAAAGAACGCGGCAAUCCACGGGCAAGGCGUAACGCGGCGACACCAUGCAGCUUCAGAUAUUGAUAAUCGGUGGGCUUUUGCCCUUUUGGGCGGUGAGCCAAGCCCAGAAGUUCGAGGACAACUUCGCAAAUUGCAGAGUUGGACAGGCGGGAUUCGACGCCUGCGUAAGAGAAGGUUUGAACGCGGUGAGACCCUUCUUCAAGACUGGACUUCCUCAGUACAACGUCGCGCCCUUCGAUCCCUUCUUCGCGCGGGAAAUCACAGCCAGCAGAGGUCUCCCGGCCCUUGGAUUCACCCUCACCCUCAGGAACAUCACCGAAACCGGUUGGACGGCGAGCAAAGUCACGCGAUUCGUUAGCGAUUUGUCCAACUACAGGGUUCAAUACACGCAAAGUUUUCCCGAAAAAUACUUGUCCGGUGAUUACGAAUUCAAGGCACAGAUUCUUGGUACUAAAAUAGCCAACAAAGGGAAAUUUACACUGACAUUGUACGACCUGGUGCAGACGACGAUGAUUACCAGAAAUCCGAAUUCCAAGCUAACGGCGAGCAUCGACGUCGAGAAGAUAAGCAAUCUCGAGCUCCACAUCACGAACCUGUUGCAAGGUCGGCGAUUGAUCGAAACGAUGCUGGACAGGAUUAUAAACACGAUGUGGCAGCCAGGCUUUGUGGUGACGAGAGGUUUGAUAAACGAGCUGGUAUCCACCGGCUUUACGGAGAUCUUCGGCAAGGCCUUCCAAAAUUUCCCAUUCGAAAAACUUUUCGAGUCCAAAUCGAACGACGUUUGAUAUUCGCAAUUCUCUGUCCAACAAGUCAGAUGUUUCUAAUUGAAAAGGACAAUUAAAAAAGGCUGUGUUUGUUAUUUACAGAAAGUAUCUGUAAGCCAAGGCUAAUGUAUUCUGAGAAAAAAUAUUAUUUUGAAAACAAAAACGGCAUUAACACCUUUUUUUAAUUCUCCUUUUCAAUUGUGAAUAACACGUGUACCUGUAAGUAUAAAUAUAACGUCUAUUACAAAAUCAAACACCACGCGACAACUCGUGAAUGCUAAAGUUUUUUCCUAAUUUUUGAAAAAUUAAUCGCUGUAAAACGCA